AUGGACGAUAAUAAUCGGAAUAACCCCCUGCAAAAUGGCAGAGCCACGCGAUCUUCACUAGCGUGCUUGUCCUGCCGCUCGCGUCAUCUCAAGUGCGAUGCGAAGCAGCCACGUUGCUCACGCUGCGCGGAAUUCUCCAGGGAAUGCCAAUAUGCCCAAUCACGGCGGGGCGGGUUGGACCGUGCAGCGUUAACCGAGCGGCGCAAGCGACUUGCAGCCAUUGAGGAUUCCAGGUUGAACACCAACCCGAGCCUGCAGCGAUCUGCAGGGUUGCAGAGUGGUGUCCAAGGUUCCAGUACUGGAAUCGUUGAGGUGGAUCUCUCAAACAGCUAUGGAGUGAUUAAUGAAACUAGUACCGGGGCUCGAUCGUCUAGUACUGGGUCCCUGAGCACAGUUUCAGUGCAGUUCAGCAGUAUUGAGAACGAUCCUUUGAUUGAUUGUUACUACAAGAAGUUCCACCAACUUCAUCCGUUCCUUUUACCUCAGAGAUAUCUGACAAGAGCUUAUCAAGAUCCGACGCGACAACACUCUUUGAAAGCGCUCAUUGCGAUUAUGCGUCUUGUUGGGAGUAUUUACAAGUCGCAUCAGUGGUCGACUCCAUUGCAGGAACACGCAGAAGCUGGACUUUUGCAGUUACUACCAACAGAUCCUGUCAUGGUCCAAUGUCGGAUGUUAUACUCAAUAGCAUUAUUCUGGUACGAGCAAAAGAGUGAAUCACAAGGUCAAAUGAACAUAGCGGUUCAAACCGCCCGUGACAUGGAAAUGUUCAAACAAGAAUUCGCAGUCAGGCAUGGAGGUGGUGAUCCGGUGUUACAGGAAAGCUGGAGGCGAACAUGGUGGAUGCUAUAUACCAUUGAAGCUUGUUAUCAGGGCACGUUAGGAACUAUGUUAUUCGAGGUUGCCAACGUAGACGCCACUGUGGAACUACCUUGUGAAGAAGCAGAAUAUGAACUUGGGGAUAUUCCCACACCGAAGACUUUAAAUGACUUUGACUGUCGCGAGUUUGCUCCCGAUGAUAUCGACUUCUCAUCGUUUGCGUACCUUAUUGGUGCUGUGAUCCAGACUGCGGACUCAAUUCUGGGUGCUUGGCUCCUUUUAUUGCCCAAGAAUCGCAAGCAAGUUUUGAGGAAGAACGGAGAAAUUGACGAGCUCAUGUUCCAGGCCCAUCAUCUUAUUCACGUCUCGUAUAUUGGCCUGCACCGUCCAUUAUCAGACCUCAAGUUCAACCCCGUGGAAGAGGCAUCAAGCUGUGCUAGGGAGCCGCCUGAAGAUAUUGCCGCGCCAGAUUUGGUGAACGUACACACCGUCCGCGUCUUGCGGUCCGUCGAGGCACAAAUCCGCCUUUUAGCAUUACCUACUGCAGAAUUCCACCAUAGCCCUUUUAUAACCUGCAUGGUCAGCGAAGGGACGCUCGCUCUUCUCUCUGCCUGUCACUUCCUGUUGAAAGGAAAAGAAUUGGCAAUUGCACGAGAACAAAUCCGGAUGUCUAUUGGAUGUCUCAAAGCACUUGCUGAGCUCUGGCCACGAACAGCAAGGAACGUGCGGGAGCUGCAGACGAUUGCCCACCAUGUGCUAGGAAUUGGAUCCAAAUUGACAACCCAGCCCAGUGAAGGGUCAGACUUUUCCAGUUGCCAGUCACAGGGGGACGCUUUUGGGUCUGAGACUGGAACAUCUAGCGACGACUUUAACAUUCUGCCUUCCUUGGGGUCUAUAGACGAUUUAUGUGGGUGGUAUAAUAUUGGAGAUCUGGAUCCAAAUAUUGCUUGGGAGAAUUAA